UGGAUGUGGGUGGGUGUUUGGUCCGUAACUUUUUCACACGGGGUGACGACAACAGGAAUUAACUCUGCUUCGUCAUUGAGAGUGAUCUUCCAGGCAAGACCUCUAUUUUAGUUACUCGGCCAACACUGUUGCAGCUUCAGUUUGGACAGACUAUUUGGGGGACCCUUGGCUGCUUUCUGGGCACCCUCGCUGAGCCAACUGGUGGAAGUGAAAGAUGAGUGAUCCUGAUGAAUGGAUUUCCGGGAAAUACAGAAAAAUGGAAGAAGGUCCUCUCCCUCUGUUGACUUUUGCUACAGCUCCCUACUACGACCAGAAACCAGGAACUAGUGGAUUACGGAAGAAAACCUAUUAUUUCGAGGCAAAGCCAUGCUAUCUGGAGAAUUUCAUCCAGAGUGUAUUCUUUUCCAUAGACCUAAAAGAUCGCCAGGGAUCCUCACUGGUGGUUGGUGGAGAUGGGCGGUAUUUUAAUAAAUCAGCAAUAGAGACAAUAGUGCAGAUGGCAGCUGCCAAUGGGCAAAGGAGCUGUGCUGAUGCCAUCUGUGAGAGAUAUGGGAAGAUUGGUCGCCUGGUUAUUGGACAGAAUGGAAUCCUCUCCACCCCUGCUGUAUCCUGCAUCAUUAGAAAGAUCAAAGCCAUUGGUGGGAUCAUUCUGACAGCCAGCCACAACCCAGGAGGACCCAAUGGAGAUUUUGGAAUCAAAUUCAAUAUUUCCAACGGAGGUCCUGCCCCGGAAGCAAUAACUGAUAAAAUUUUCCAAAUCAGCAAGACAAUCGAAGACUAUGCAAUUUGUCCUGACCUGCAUGUAGACCUUGGGGUUCUGGGAAAGCAGCAGUUUGACCUGGAAAACAAGUUCAAACCCUUCACAGUGGAAAUUGUGGAUUCGGUGGAAGCUUAUGCUACGAUGCUGAGAAGCAUCUUUGAUUUCAAUGCACUGAAAGAACUGCUUUCUGGUCCAAACCGACUAAAGAUCCGUAUAGACGCCAUGCAUGGAGUUGUGGGACCGUACGUGAAGAAGAUCCUCUGUGAAGAGCUCGGAGCCCCCGCAAACUCAGCAGUUAACUGUGUUCCCCUGGAGGACUUCGGAGGCCACCACCCUGACCCCAACCUCACCUAUGCCGCUGACCUGGUGGAGACUAUGAAGACAGGAGAGCAUGAUUUCGGGGCUGCCUUUGAUGGAGAUGGGGAUCGAAACAUGAUUCUGGGCAAGCAUGGGUUCUUUGUGAACCCUUCAGACUCUGUGGCUGUCAUUGCUGCCAACAUCUUCAGCAUUCCAUAUUUCCAGCAAACCGGGGUCCGCGGCUUUGCACGCAGCAUGCCCACCAGUGGUGCCCUGGACCGGGUGGCUAAUGCUACAAAGAUCACUUUGUAUGAAACCCCAACUGGCUGGAAGUUUUUUGGGAAUCUGAUGGAUGCAAGCAGACUGUCCCUUUGUGGGGAGGAGAGCUUCGGGACCGGUUCUGACCACAUCCGUGAGAAAGACGGACUCUGGGCUGUCCUUGCUUGGCUCUCCAUCCUAGCCACCCGCAAACAGAGUGUGGAGGACAUCCUCAAAGAUCACUGGCAAAAGUAUGGCCGGAAUUUCUUCACCAGGUAUGAUUACGAGGAGGUGGAAGCCGAGGGCGCAAACAAAAUGAUGAAGGACUUGGAGGCCCUGAUCUCUGAUCGCUCCUUCGUGGGGAAACAGUUCCCAGUAGGAGAUAAAGUUUACACUGUGGUGAAAAUUGAUAACUUUGAAUACAAUGAUCCGGUGGAUGGAAGUGUUUCAAGAAAUCAGGGCUUGCGGCUCAUUUUUGCAGACGGUUCUCGCAUCAUCUUCCGACUGAGCGGCACCGGGAGUGCAGGCGCCACCGUUCGACUGUACGUCGACAGCUAUGAGAAGGACAUCGCCAAGAUCUACCAGGACCCCCAGGUCAUGUUGGCCCCCCUUAUUUCUAUUGCCCUGAAGUUGUCCCAUCUCCAGGAAAGGACAGGACGCACUGCACCCACUGUUAUCACCUAAGAAGACGGGCCAGAUGCGGUACAUCCCUCCACCCCAGGCCCUCCGAGUCAUCUGAUUGAAGAGCAUGAACAGAAACAAAGUGUAUUCACCCAGGCUUUUUAGGAUUCGGUUUUUCCACUAACCAGUCAUUGACAAAUGGUACAAUUCCAAGGCAUUGCCCAUUGAUAUGCCCGUAGGAGCCAUGCGGGAAAGAGAAUAAAAGGGACCCACGGGCUUAUACUACCGUCAGUUCCUUUUUGUGUCCUCGUGCACCACUGGUGUGUGGGUGUUUGUCUCCUUAGCACCAGGUCCUGUUUACACUACAGUGGAAGAUGGAGGUUGAGCAUCAGCUCAUGAGGCUAAUUUCCAUCCUUAGGAUCCACCUGUGAAAUGACAGUGCAAGUUCCUUUCUCCUUUGUGAGCCUUUCCCCCCAUUUACUGUUUACAUAUAAUCCAGCAAAAUGCAGUUUCUGGUGCCUUCUCUCCAAUCAGUUCUUUCCUCAGAGUGAGACGUGCUUGUCUACAGAGUUCUGCCUUGUUCUGCAGCGUAGUCCCAUUCACACAAAUAUUUUGGGAUAUUAAAGCAAAAUAAGCUACUA